AUUUUUUACAGAAUUUCGCAGGAAGAAAAAGUAUUUUUUAAUUCGGCUGAAAUUUUUCGUUGAGAAAGGCUACCAUCGUAACCAUGUCUAAAGCUGGACAGGAUUUACCUCCUCCCUACGCAGCGACUCAGGCGCCACUGGGCUUCUCCGGCCAGCCCCAGGGCUACCCCGCGCAACCUCAGGGCUACCCCCCGCAGCCUCAGGGCUACCCACCCCAGGCAUACCCGCCUCAGCAGCAGACAGUGUACGUCCAGCAGCCGCAGGGGGCGUCGGUGCACGUGGUGCAGCCCACCAGCACCACCACCACCGCCUACGUCAUCCCCGCCGCUGCCGUGGGCACGUGCCCAGCGUGUAGGGUCGGGAUCUUGACGAACGAGUUCACGUGCUGUGGAAUUUUCCUGGCGAUCUGUCUCUUCCCCUUAGGCUUUAUUUGCUGCUUGAUGAUGAUGGAACGCCGCUGCAGUAACUGCAGAGCUGUGUAUGGCUAGUGGCAGUAACUGCAGAGCUGUGUAUGGCUAGUGGCAGUAACUGCAGGGCUGUGUAUGGCUAGUGGCAGUAACUGCAGAGCUGUGUAUGGCUAGUGGCAGUAACUGUUCUGUGGGGGUGUGUGCAGUGCAUGUAGCAGUAACUGUUUAAAGUUCAAAUAACAGUGACUGCUCUGAUAACUGCUUGGCUGAGGAUCAUUCCACAGUUCACGUACAUUAGAUACACUUCCAGAAUUCACAGUUCUAUUUUAAUCCAAACAACUUCUGUGAACUUAGCCCCAGAACGAUUAUUUUAAUCAAAUCAAUCUUCAUAUUUCCACGAAAGUUUUUUAUAUUUCAUAUCUGUUCUCUAUCUUAAAGUUUACCCUUAUUGAAAUUAUCGAUGGACCGACGCUGGCCGCUUGUGUUUAGACGGUACGCUGAUUUUAGUUAUUGGAUAAUCCUAUAUAAAAAAUAUUUUAGUUAGGAUAACGCUAUAUAAAAAAUAUUUAGUAUUUGAUUUGUGGAUGAUAUUACAGGUUGGUUUGAAGGCUAAUAUAUAUCAGGAUAUAUAAUCUUGUGGAAGUAAAUGAAUCCAUACAAAA